GCCCUCGCAGAGGGAGCAUCGCGCGCUGCCGCCACCGCCCGGCCCGCCCCGCCCCGCGCCGCCGCCAUGGCCAAGGCCGAGUCCCCGAAGGAGCCGGAGCAGCUCCGCAAGCUCUUCAUCGGGGGCCUGAGCUUCGAGACCACGGACGAGAGCCUGCGCAGCCACUUCGAGCAGUGGGGCACGCUGACCGACUGCGUGGUGAUGCGGGACCCCAACACGAAGCGCUCGCGGGGGUUCGGGUUCGUCACCUACUCGUCGGUGGAGGAGGUCGAUGCUGCCAUGAACGCGCGGCCACACAAGGUGGACGGCAGGGUGGUGGAGCCCAAACGGGCCGUGUCCAGAGAGGACUCGCAGCGGCCCGGGGCGCACCUGACGGUGAAGAAGAUCUUCGUGGGCGGCAUCAAGGAGGACACGGAGGAGCACCACCUGCGCGAGUACUUCGGGCAGUACGGCAAGAUCGAGGUCAUCGAGAUCAUGACCGACCGCGGCAGCGGCAAGAAGCGCGGCUUCGCCUUCGUCACCUUCGACGACCACGACUCCGUGGACAAAAUCGUCAUCCAGAAGUACCACACGGUGAACGGGCACAACUGCGAGGUGCGCAAGGCUCUGUCCAAGCAGGAGAUGGCCAGCGCCUCGGCCGGGCAGCGAGGCCGCAGCGGUUCCGGAAACUUCGGCGGCGGCGGCCGCGGCGGCUUCGGCGGCGGUGACAACUUCAACCGCGGCGGCAACUUCGGCGGCCGUGGUGGAUUUGGCGGCGGCCGCGGCGACGGAUUUAAUGGAUAUGGUGCUGACGGGUACGGCGGCGGCGGCGGCCCCGGGUACUCGGGCGGCAGCCGCGGCUACGGCGGCAGCGGCUCCUACGACGGCUACAACAACGGCGGCGGCGGCUUCGGCGGCGGCAGCGGCGGCAGGCGGCCGGCACGGGGGCCAGCGCUGGCCGUGCGCAACGGGCUGGGCGAGGCGGGCACAGGCAGCAAUUUCGGGGGCGGGGGCAGCUACAACGACUUCGGCAGCUACAACAACCAGGCCUCGAGCUUCGGGCCCAUGAAGGGCGGCAGCUUCGGGGGGCGCAGCUCGGGGCCCUACGGCGGCGGCGGCUACGGCAGCUCCAGCGGCGGCGGCAGCUACGGAGGAGGGAGGAGGUUUUAACGGGCAGCCCUGCCCGUGUCCGUCUGUCCCGCAGGAGCCGGAGCUGGGCGGGAGCUGGGGCGGCCCCCGGAGCCAGCGCGGGGCCGGGACCCCCGGGGACCCCCGGGACCCUCAGGGACCCCCUGGGACCCCCCCGGGACCCCCGGGGUCCCCUCGGAGCGGAGCGGCCGCAGUCCCCGCUGUGUCCUGUACCCCCCCCCCACCCCAAUAAAUGUCUCUUGGGUUUUUUUUUUAA